ACCGAUCUAGUCUGCAGGGAAAGGGGACCGAGCAUGUUAGGCCACCUGGGAAAAUGGGGGGGCCAACCUCGGCAGCUCUGAAACCGUUGCCGUGAAUCGUCAGAGCAGCCAUAUCCAAUUACAAUAAUAAUGUAGAGCAUUAGACAUAUCGCAUAUCCUCUGCAGCUUCUUCUGCCCAUUGCCCAUGAUGCCACCGGCACCCAUAUUAUUUUACUAGUAAUUUCCCUGUGGGGCUUCUCGAGAGAGGUCAGAGCGGGGCCUGGGCAUGUGACUUUCUUCCAUCCCGAUUCUCCAAUUCUCUCGGCUUUUUAACCCUUCCCAUCCCCAUUCAAUUAUACAAGGGACCACUGCCAGCAUAUGACUUCUGUACAAAAUAUCUUCUUCUACACCCAUCCUAAAUACAGGUACUCCUGUCCCCAAUCGGCCAUAUUUGGCGGCACAGAGAGAAAAAUCCCCCUUCCUUUUCUCCAUUGCAGUUACUGCCAUCUCAAUUGGCCAUAUUUUGGCGGCUGGAGAGGAAAAAACAGGUGGAAAUAUGAAGAUUGAGUGUGAUGUUUGCCAGACUGUGGAGGCCUCUGUUUUCUGCUGUGCAGAUGAAGCGGCUCUGUGUGUGAUCUGUGAUUCAAAAGUGCACGCUGCGAACAAGCUUGCCAGCAAACACCCUCGCCUUUCUCUCCUCCAUUCUGAAAAGGAUUUCCCGCGCUGUGAUAUAUGUCAGGAAAAGAGGGCAUUUUUCUUCUGCCGAGAGGAUCGUGCGCUCCUGUGCAGGGACUGCGACUUCUCUGUUCAUUCUGCGAAUGAUUUGACUGGCAAGCAUACCAGGUUUUUGGUUCCUGGCCUCAAAGUUUCUCUGCACCCAUUGCCUGUGGAUGCAUCGCCUUCAACUCUGAGUUCUGCUUGUUCUAAUAUCGAGGAGAAGGAGGAGGGCUUGAAGAAAAAUGGAAAUGAGAUGAACAAGAAACUGAAGACCAAUCCACUGACCGAUCUGCCAGUUUUUUCUCCAGUAUGUUCAGAAGCAGGGGCCGGCACUGGCAAUGGUGAUAUUUCACAGUUUCUGAAUGAGGUGGAGGAAUUCCUCACUUCUUCACCUGAACCUCUGGACUGGUUUGCCAUGGAAAAUUCACAUAAGGCCGAGGAUAUAGGAAAGGCAUUGGCUGCAGACUGGGCAGCAGAUCUGGGUCUGAGUUUGCCAGCAGAAGCUUUUUAUGGGGAUUCUCUUGCAGAAGUACCAAACACUCCUUCACCUUUACAAGGCCAAACAUUCACCUUCUCUUAUUCCAACAUCAUGACAAAACCAAAGCAGAAACCAGUCUUCACCAAUUUCAACAAAGGAGACGAUACAUUCAUAGUUCCAUCCAUCAUUUCCACAAAGAGAAUGAGACCUUCCUGGAAUAUCUAGAGAAAAAAAAAACCACUGUAAGAAAAAGAUCCAAUCUUGGUGUUUGGGAAUUGUAAUUCACUGAAACUCCUCAUCCACAAGUACUUAUAAUGGGUCUCUUCUCUGUUCUUGCUCUUUCCCAUGCAGACAUUGAAACCAGAUUGAUAUUACUGAACCGGUCUGUAAUGGGGGCAGAAUUGUAAGUAGUAGUGACAGAAGUUUCUUUCUUCCCAAAAGAUCAAAACUGUAAAUCCACAUGAAUUUUGAAUUCUACCAUCAAGCAUUGGGCUAA